AUGGAUACCCUUAGUCGUGAACAGCCCACUACUCUUGGCGAUCCCGAAGUUCCGACAGCACAACUACCAAUUGUAAGAUCAAGCUUUGUCCCACCUGGCAUUCUCGAGCAUGUCGCCCAGAGUGAAUUAGGAGACGACAAGGCUCGAGAGAGUGCAAGAGCAACGUUGAGGUCAGAUGCUAAGAUUCGCGAACAGAGAGCUGCUCUCGUUGGCCCGGCCGCGACGGACCAGCCUCAUGACCCUGCAGCUGUUGCUCUAACGCUGAGGCGCGCCAUUUACGAUGGAAAGAAACGUCCCGCUCUUCCUGGUAAAGUUGCUCGCAAGGAAGGUGAUGGACGCACAUUUGACAGACAAGUUGAUAACGUCUUUGACGGCGUCGGCAUUACGGUCGCGUUCUUUUACAAAGUAUUUGGUCGCAACGCCAUCAACGAUAAUGGCGGCACUCCCCUUGUCACAGUUCACCACGACCCGGAGAAGGAGAAUCCCCUUGGGUACAACAACGCCUUCUGGGACGGCGCCCAGUGUGCUUUCGGAGACGGUGAUGGUAUCAUCUUUGACUAUUUUGCAGAUUCCCUGGAUGUUAUCGCCCACGAGCUGACUCAUGCUAUUACCCAAUACACCGCUGCUCUCCCAUACGCGAAGCAAGCCGGAGGCCUGAACGAGUCCAUCUCCGAUGUUUUUGCCGCACUGGUUGAGCAGUGGCAAUUCAAUCAGACCGCGGCAGAUGCUGAUUGGCUCACUGGUCAGAACCUGUUCCCUGUUGCCUUUAAAGGUGCAGCUCUCCGCAACCUUGCAAAGCCGGGGACCGCCUUCAACGAUCCGAUCCUUGGUCCAGACCGUCAGAUCUCCCAUUUUAGCCAGUACAAUGAUAGCCUGGAUGUUCACGUUACUUCGGGUAUCCCCAAUCGCGCAUUCUACUUGAUUGCUGUUGGUUUCGGUGGGUAUGCCUGGCUGACAGCAGGAAAAAUUUGGUACAAGACUUUGACGGACCCGAAAAUCAGGGAUUUUGGCGAAGGUAUUACUUUUGCAAAUUGGGCUCAAGUGACGGUUGAUCAGGCUCGCAGUCUGUUCGGCGGUCCUGCAUCGAUUAUUGUCCACAAUGCUUGGGUCUCUGUUGGUGUGCUCUGA